AUGUCGGCUUUUCCCCUCGCCGCGUCUGCACUGGGUGUCGCGCUGACGACGGUUUUGGCGAUACCUCACAUUCGACAACUUGCCAGCAACCGACGAAUUGAAAAGCCUGCGGACUACCAAAUUCUCAACGAUAAUGCUGAGGAAGAAGUCAUCCGUGCAAAGACACCGGAAGCAAGAUGGCAGAGGAUUGUUCUCACUGUCACCACGCUGGUCGCUACUCUAGCUGCCCUCCUUGCGUGUGUCAGGGCUCGGACGACCAUACAAAUUCUACAAUUUGUCUCUUGGGAAAUCGUCGUCGUCACCCGCCGUCGACCCCAGGACCGGUAUCAAUUGGGUUGCUACACCGCACUAGGAUCGCUGCUUGUCACCAUCACGACUGUCUCUGGGAAAGUCUUUCCCUUUGAACACGACAGAUUCGAAGAACCUUUGAAGUCACAAUUAGCUUUGACAGUCCUUCAACUAUCCGCGGGCAUCAUCCUAAUCCUGCUCAAUCUUUCUAUUCCAAAAGGCCCAACUGUCUACCGUGACGGCAAAGCCGUGGACAAACAAGAUGCAGUCUCCUUUCUUACCAAAUACAGCUUCAUGUGGGCACGAGAGACGCUUUCCAUCGCAGCAAAGAAAAACAGACUUGAGAUGGAUGAUCUGCCCUUGGUUGGAGACGAAGUCCGCGCGCAAACCCUAUACGCCCGCUUUUCAAACGUCAAUGCAGCUUGGAAGCUCUGGAGACGAUGUAUUCGCAUUUAUUGGCCAACUCUGACUUUCCAGCUUGUCAUUCAGCUGUUUUCUUCGGGAUGUCACUUUUUGCCACAGUUCUUCCUCUUCAAGAUACUGCGGCAGUUCGAAGCACGCGACACUGGGGCGAAUAACCAGGUCGACUUGUGGUUGACUGCGGCAGGUCUUGGUUGCUCUUUGGUAGUGGCCUCGUGGUUUUCGUCUCUUGUUGACUAUAUAGCAGACAUGAAGCUAUCUCUCCCUGUUCAUGAACAACUAUUUGCCGUCAUUACCAGCAAGAUUAUACGCUUGUCAGAUGUUGUGGCAGCACCUGCUGAUGGUGAUAAUGAGAGUACCUCCUCUUCAGCGGGGAACGAAGAUGAGGACGAGGAUGAUGCAGCCCCAAUGACGAGACACUCAAUAUUGAAUCUGCUUGGAGUUGAUGUUGAGAGCAUCUCAGACUUUGCAAGCUACAGCCACCUGAUGCUUGACUGUAUUCUGGAGUUUACCAUUGCAGUCAUAUUCAUGGUGCACAUCAUGGGAUGGAAGCCCACCCUUGCUGGCUGCAUUGUUCCGGCACUCCUAAGUCCAAUCUACUACUUUGUGAACAAGAAGUAUAGCAAAAGCGAGGAGGCCCUUAUGGAACAUCGGGAUCGAAAGUCAGCGGUAUUGAGCGAAGCUAUCCACGGAAUCCGGCAGAUCAAAUUUAGCGCGCUAGAGAACGAGUGGUAUCGGAAGAUCCUGAAAUUUCGCCACGAAGAACUCGAGCGCCAGCGCAUGGUCUACAUUUUCGACCUAUUCUUGGUUGCUCUUUGGUCUUUCGGGCCGGUCGUCAUGAGUGUUGUCUCCUUUUCAACCUAUGUCUACAUUAACGGAACGAUAUCCGCCUCGGUUGCAUUCACUGGGUUUGCUAUCUUUGAGGGGAUAGAAGGUUCACUAUCUAUGCUUCCGGAGAUGGUCUCUGAUUUUCUGGAUGCGUCCGUUAGUGCUCGGCGGAUAGAUCGUUUUCUAUCACUCCCAGAGCACCAUGAUGGAAGAACCUCUGGAGACGCAAUUCGGUUCACGGAUGCCACCAUUACUUGGCCGUCGGAAGAACCCAAAGAUACACAGGAUCAAUUCCAUUUGAAAGAUCUCAACCUGGACUUCCCUGCUGAGGAGCUUACAGUCAUCUCUGGUAGGAGCGGUGCGGGCAAGACCCUCCUUCUCCAGGCAAUCAUUGGAGAAGUGGAUAUUCGUCGUGGUGCCAUCUCCGUACCAGCCAUGAUACCCGCAUCAGAGAGACCUAUCGAUCGACACAGAUGGACCAUUCCUGGGAUGAUGGUAUACGUUUCUCAAGAUCCCUGGAUUGAGAAUGCGACUGUUCGAGACAGUAUCCUGUUCGGUCUGCCCUUCGAGCCCAGCCGUUAUGGCGAAGUCCUCCAUGCAUGCGCGCUUGCAGAGGAUCUGAAAUCCUUUGCCGACGGAGAUAUGACGGAAAUUGGGGCCAAUGGUAUCAAUCUCAGUGGAGGCCAGAAGUGGCGCCUGGCAUUAGCGAGAGCGUUAUAUAGCCGCGCUAGCAUUCUGGUCCUCGAUGAUAUUUUCAGCGCAGUCGACUCUCAUGUUGGUCGGCAUCUCUACGAACAUGCUUUGACUGGAAGACUAUGUGACGGGCGAACUAGGAUUAUUGCCACCCAUCAUAUCCGAUUAUGCUUGAGCAAAACAGCUUACUGCGUGAUGCUUGAGAACGGCUGCGUGUUGGGUGCGGGCACACCUAACGCUCUUGUUCAGAACGGAGUUCUCGUGGAGCAUUCAAUGACUUCCCCAGAGCAUAUUGACCGUUCUAAGGCCACAAAUGGGGCAGCUCAGAUGAGUCGCUCCGCCUACAGACGACGCGCAUCAACAUCGAGCUUUAAUAGUCUUGAGCGCUAUCAGCCGAGGGCAAGCACCCAAGAUCCCGGCGCUGGGAAGUACUACGAGGAAGAGAAACGGGAGAUCGGCGCUGUUAAGAUGGAAGUCUGGAAAACUUACAUGCAGGCUUGCGGAGGCUAUCUCCACUGGGCUCUUAUCCUCUUCUUUUUCGCUCUUACUUUGGUUGAAAAUCUUGUGACGCCAUAUUGGGUUUCUCUUUGGACCAGGGAAUACGGAGGCAAUGCACCGGAGCCAUCCGUUGUUCUCCAGACUGACAUGAACAACGUGCCAAGUACCGAACCGGGUAUUGCUCUUGAUCGACGCCUUUUGAUCUACGCGAGCGUCUUUGUAGGACUGUCGCUGUCGUCCUGGUUCCUGGAGAUGAUACGGUAUUAUCUGGUUUUUCAAGGCUCACUCAGGGCUUCCAAAGCGUUUUUUGAGCAAUUCACCGACACGAUCCUUCGGGCGCCUCUUUCCUUCUUGGACACCACCCCAGCUGGGCGUAUACUAAACCGGUUCACCGCAGACUUCGGUGUAGUUGAUUCAGACCUUGCCAUGAAUCUCGGGUGGUUGCUACACAGCAGCGUCCUGGUUCUCGUGGUCAUCAUAGCUGCGUUUAUGAGCUCGCCGCUAAUAGUGUUCUUCGGACUCCUAUCUGUCCUGGCUUCGUGGGCUGUGGCAUCAUUCUACGUUACCGGGGCUCGAGAGGCGAAACGGCUGGAGAGCACGGCUAGGUCGCCCAUCUUCGAACAAGUGAGCUCUCUACUUGCUGGUCUGCCAACGAUCCGGGCGUCAAAGAAGGAGAACGAGUAUCUGCGCCAUAUAUACAAGUUGAUUGACACGCAUUGUCAGGCUUUUUGGCAUCGUCGACUGUUCAACUGCUGGAGGGAGUUGUGGUUGAGUCUGGUAGGAGCAGGGUUUGUUACCACUGUAGCAGCCAUGUUCGUCAGCGUCUCAAAACUAGAUGCACCUCUCGCAGGAUUUGCUCUCAGCUUUGCACUAGACAUGUCGGGGAACAUCUCUUGGCUCCUCGCGCAAUAUACACGGAUCGAACUCGACUUCAAUGCCGCAGAGCGUGUCAUCGAGUAUACGGAGCUGACGCCAGAGCCCCAAACGGGGGUUGAUGUUCCAGCAUCCUGGCCGACAAGAGGCGAAAUAGAAGUCACAGACCUCCACGUCAGCUAUGCACCACAUCUGCCUCCGGUCCUGAGUGGACUCACAUUUUCAGUGCGUCCGGGGGAGCGUAUCGGCAUUGUCGGACGUACUGGAGCGGGCAAGUCUUCCUUGACAUUAGCUUUGCUCCGUUUCCUCGAAGCCCAAUCAGGCUCGAUCUUCAUUGAUGGUGUCGAUGUGUCUCACAUGCGAUUGCACGACCUCCGCUCGCGGGUAGGGAUCAUUCCGCAGGACCCGGUCGUGUUCACUGGCACAGUACGCGAGGUCCUUGAUCCUUUCGACCACCAUGAUGACCAGGAGCUUCGCGAUGCACUGGAGAAGGUUUCCCUCGCUCCAGCAAAUCAGGAUAAUACCGAGGGGCAAUCUACUGCAGCCCAAAGCAGCUGCGCGAAGGAUCUCUUUUCUCUGUCAGAUCCCAUUGCAGAAGGAGGCCGGAAUUUCUCGCAGGGACAACGACAGCUCCUCUGUCUGGCCCGAGCCCUUGUCUCUCGGCCUAAGAUCUUGAUCAUGGACGAAGCGACGGCCUCCGUCGACAUGGAGUCGGAUCUGCGCAUCCAGCGGUCAAUACGAGAGAUCCAGGGCUGUACAUUGCUCGUCAUCGCCCAUCGAUUGUCGACGAUUGCGGACUUUGAUCGGAUUCUCGUUCUAGAUAGUGGGCAGGUGGUCGAGUUCGAUCGACCCGAUGUUCUGAUGGGGAUUGAGAACGGGGUGUUUCGGAGUUUAGUUGAGCAGAGUGGUGACAGGGCCGCGAUUGAGGCGAUGAUCUCGGCAGCGGAUAGAUAA